CCCUCCCCUUUUCGAACCCUGCCAGGCAUCCCGCCCCUCCCAUUCAGAGCCCAGACCGUGGACCACCUUCUUUCUGGAAUCCUGACACCAGGCCCUACCUCUGUUCCCUUCUCACAUCAUCAGGGACCAACCGUUCAGAUAAGUGGGAAAGUGGAGAAUUCCCCUCGGGGUCCCGAGAAAAUGGGGACUAUAAGGGGUGUUCACUGUAGCCCGAGCCGGGCUCUAGGACCCAGCGGGCAAGUCCGCCCGCUUUGCUCCUACCCCUCCCCCAAGCCGCCCCCUCCCCCCCACACGUCUUCCAGGUUCCCCCUCCCUCCCCCCUCGCCCCGGCUCCCGGUGCCCGUCUCCAGCGCCGCCGGAGCCAGCGAGGGAGCGGGAGCGAACAGGAGGAGGAGGAGGCCGCGUCGCCGCCGCUCGGAGCCCGGCCGGAGCCUCCCAGGCAGGUACAUGGUGCGGGUCCGAGCCGUGGUGAUGGCCCGAGAUGACUCCAGUGGGGGCUGGCUGCCUGUGGGGGGCGGGGGCCUCAGCCAGGUGAGCGUAUGUCGGGUCCGAGGGGCCAGGCCCGAGGGGGGGGCCCGCCAGGGGCACUACGUCAUCCACGGGGAGCGGCUUCGGGACCAGAAAACCACCUUGGAGUGUACCUUGAAGCCAGGCUUGGUUUACAACAAAGUGAACCCUAUCUUCCACCACUGGAGCCUGGGGGACUGCAAGUUUGGGCUGACAUUUCAGAGUCCUGCAGAGGCUGAUGAAUUCCAGAAGAGUCUUCUAGCUGCACUGGCUGCCCUCAGCCGAGGCUCGCUCACUCCCUCCUCUUCCUCUUCCUCCUCCUCCCCUUCCCAGGACACUGCAGAGACCCCCUGCCCUCUGACGUCCCACGUGGACAGCGACUCCUCCUCCAGUCACAGCCGCCAGGAGACUCCUCCCACAGCUGUUGCAGCUCCCAUUGUCACGGUGGAGUCGACCUCUGCCUUCCCACCAGCCACGCCUCCACAACGGAGACGCUCCUCUGCUCAGAGCUAUCCUCCGCUUCUACAGUUCACUGGGAUUCCAGAACCCUCAGAAUCUCUAGCCGGGGCAGGGAGCCAGGGCUGGGGCGGCCGUGGCUAUGAGGACUACCGGCGAACCGGACUACCAGCACCUCUUCCCCUGUCUACCUGCGUUGUGGGCUUUGCCAAGACUGGUGCAUUGAGGGGUGCAGCCCUGGGUCCCCCAGUAUCACUUCCUGCCCCUCUCACUGAGGCUGCACCCCCAGCACCCCCUGCUCGUCCACCCCCAGGUCCGGGUCCCACCCCUGCACCGGCCAAGGCCUCCCCGGAGGCCGAGGAGGCUGCACGUUGUGUGCACUGCCGAGCACUCUUCCGCCGCCGUGCAGAUGGGCGUGGUGGUCGCUGUGCAGAGGCCCCAGACCCAGGUCGCCUGCUAGUGCGCAGGCUCAGCUGCCUGUGGUGCGCUGAGAGCUUGCUGUAUCACUGCCUGUCGGACGCCGAGGGCGACUUCUCGGACCCCUGCGCUUGUGAGCCAGGCCACCCACGCCCUGCCGCGCGCUGGGCUGCUCUGGCUGCAUUGUCCUUGGCAGUGCCCUGCCUCUGCUGCUACGCACCCCUGCGCGCCUGUCACUGGGUUGCGGCACGAUGUGGCUGUGCAGGCUGCGGGGGUCGCCAUGAGGAGGCUGCACGGUGAGGAUCGUUGGGCUGGUUUUAAAGUCAGUCUGAAGACCCAAAUUGGAGGGUCCAGAACCCUGAACUCCGUAGGAACCUAAAACCCAAACUUAGGUACGUCUGGAACUUGGAGUUUGAAUGGAUUUGAGAGAUCCCAGAUCUGGUACCUGGACCCCAUACCUAGGACUAAGAUCCCAGACCCAGCUUCAUCAGGAUGUCUGUCAAGUGGACCCAGGAGUCCUGAAUUCUGGAUUCUCCCUCCCUCUUCCCCACUGAGGAGACU